ACUGUCUCUGUAUCAUCAUGUAAAUGGUAAAAGGUGAACGUACUAAACGUGCAUGCUUUAUCAAAAUUCUCCUACUAUAAAAUAGAUACACAUAAUCCAUAUAUUAUAAGUCGUUUCAGCAAUACAUUUAUUUGCUCCGCACAAACUUCGAUCGUCUCUCCCUCUCUCUGAAAGCAUGGAAAUCGAUGAACUAAACCAACCCCUUCUCCCACCACCCAAACAAACCCCACAAACCUCCCUCGCCGCCGCCACGUGGCUCGAAUCAAAGAAACUCUGGCACAUCGUCGGCCCCACCGUCGUCUCCCGCGUCUCCAGCGCCACCAUGAACAUCAUCACCCAGGCCUUCGCCGGCCACCUCGGCGACCUCCCGCUCGCCUCCAUCUCCAUCGCCAACAACGUCAUCGUCGGCUUCAAUUGGGGCCUCCUCCUAGGGAUGGCGAGCGCGCUGGAGACGCUGUGCGGGCAGGCCUACGGCGCGAAGAAGUACGGAAUGCUGGGGAUCUACAUGCAGCGAUCGUGGAUCGUGCUCUUCCUCUGCUGCUUCCUCCUCCUCCCGCUCUACGCGUUCGCGGCGCCGCUGCUGAGGCUGAUCGGGCAGCCGGACGACGUGGCGGAGCAGGCGGGGACGGCGGCGGUGUGGCUGAUCCCGCUGCACUUCAGCUUCGCGUUCCAGUUCCCGCUGCAGAGGUUCCUGCAGAGCCAGCUGAAGACGGCGCCGCUGAUCUGGGUGCCGCUCCUUGCCCUCGCCGUCCACGCCGUUCUGAAUUGGAUUUUCGUGAGCAAAUUGGAGAUGGGAGUGAUCGGAAUCGCAAUCGUUUUGGAUAUCUCGUGGUGGGUUUUGGUGAUAGGGAUGUACGCUUACGUGGCGUUUGGGGGAUGCCCGCUGACGUGGACGGGCUUCUCCGUUCAAGCCUUCUCGGGGCUUCUAGAAUUUCUCAAGCUCUCCGCUUCCUCCGGCGUCAUGCUUUGUUUAGAGAAUUGGUAUUACAGAAUAUUGAUAGUGAUGACUGGAUUCUUCACCAAUGCCAAAAUAGCUGUCGAUGCCUUAUCCACAUGUAUGAUCAUCAAUUCAUGGGAGAUGAUGUUUGCAAUAGCAUUUUUCGCUGGAAUCGGAGUGCGUGUGGCAAAUGAGUUGGGUGCUGGAAACGGGCAGGCUGCGAAAUUCGCAACGAAGGUGUGCGUGGUGCACUCGAGCGCUAUAGGCGUCUUCUUCUUCGCGAUCGUGUUGAUUUUCCGGGGCAAUUUAUCACUAAUGUUCUCUCCCAGCAGCGAAGUUGCUGCGGCGGUCGGCGAUCUUUCCUUCCUCUUGGCUUCAAGCAUUCUUCUAAAUAGUGUUCAACCGGUUCUAUCAGGGGUAGCUGUUGGAUCUGGAUGGCAAGCUUGGGUUGCUUGGAUAAAUAUAUUUUGCUACUACAUUAUUGGCCUCCCAAUUGGAGCUGUUUUAGGUUGGGGCUUCAAUUUGGAAACUAAGGGAGUUUGGGCUGGGAUGAUUUUUGGUGGAACGGCGGUUCAAACACUUGUAUUGGCUUUCAUAACGAUAAGGACAAAUUGGGAAGUUGAGGUUGAGAAAGCGACAAGCCGUGUGGAGGAGUGGAACAUCUCUGGUAUGGAGUCUCACAAGUAGUAGAAGACUAGUGGAGGCUAAUUAUGUCUUUUUACUUUGAAUUUUCGAAUUGAGUUACUUUGUGUUUCGCGGUAGUGGUGAUGAUAGAUAUCGUUGCUAUUUGAAUUGGAAAUUUAUAUUUACUGGUUUCAAAUUUAA